AUGAGUGUUGAGCAAGCUGCAAAACCGUCAUUCGACAUCUCAGUGGGCGAUCCUCACAAAGUAGGCGACCUUACAAGCAGUCAUAUUGUCUAUCAAGUUAGGACAAGGACCACUUCCAAGGCCUACAAGCAACCCGAGUUUGCUGUCUCUCGAAGAUAUCGCGACUUCCUGUGGCUCUACAACUCGUUGCACAGUAAUAAUCCUGGUGUGGUUAUACCACCUCCACCAGAAAAGCAAGCUGUCGGUCGCUUUGAUACCGAGUUCGUAGAGUCUCGAAGGCAAGCUCUUGAACGGAUGCUAAACAAGAUUGCGGCUCAUCCUAUCCUACAUCACGAUGCCGACCUCAAGAUCUUCCUCGAAAGUGAAGCUUUCAACGUUGAUAUCAAGAACAAGGAGAACAGAGACCCUCUACUCGACCAGAGCAAUAAGGGCAUGUUAAGUGCAAUUGGCAUCAAUGUCGGAGGCUCGAGCGGCAAGUUCGUUGAGCAUGACGAUUGGUUUCACGACAGAAGGAUAUACCUUGAUGCUCUAGAAAAUCAAUUGAAGGCACUUGAGAAAGCACUAGAUACUGUCAUCAUUCAAAGAAAAGGUCUUGCUGAGGCUGCUGGUGAAUUUGCAGUCUCGCUUGGGUCUUUGGCACAGGUCGAGCUCAGCCCAAUGUUUUCAGGUCCGCUUCAAGGUCUCUCGGAUGUGCAAGUUCGCAUAAAAGAGCUGUAUCAACGCCAGGCUCAAACAGACGUCCUUACUCUGGGUAUUACCAUCGACGAAUACGUCAGACUGAUCGGAAGUGUGAAGACAGCUUUUGGUCAACGGCAAAAAGCUUAUCACUCCUGGCAUGCUGCUGAAAGUGAACUGCAGAAAAGAAGGAGUGCACACGACAAACUGUUGCGCCAGGGUCGCAGCCAACAAGACAAACUGAACGAAGUCAGCGCUAGUGUUAGUGAUGCUGAGAAACGGGCCCAUCAAGCGCGUCUCUUGUUUGAGGAUAUGGGUCGUCUCAUGCGCAAUGAGCUCGAACGCUUCGAAAGAGAGAAAGUUGAAGAUUUCAAAAGUGGCGUUGAAACGUUUCUAGAAGGUGCUGUUGAGGCGCAGAAAGAAUUGAUCGAAAUAUGGGAGACAUUUUUGCUGCAAAUGGAUGCUGAAGACGAAGAUUCCGUGGGCAAGGGUUUACCUGUUGGCCAAGAACAAUCGACCGCAGUUUCGUCUGCCAGUCAAGAACCUCAAACGGACUCCCACCCAACUGAAGGCGAGCCUCAACAACGAUCGGCAGAUCUAACUGCAGCCACAGCUACAGAUCUUGCCUUGAAGCAGGACGCUUAG